UCACUGACAUAAAUAAAAGACCUUGUCCUGAUGAUUGUCAUUGCUUUCUGAAUCGACAAGAAAUGAGCUUUGAAAUAGAUUGUCACAUGUCAAAAAAACUCUCAGAGAUUCCCGAGUUGCCUAUCCCAAUAAUUGGAAAUACAUCUGUUAACUUCAGUAACAAAAACCUAACAAUAUUACCAAGUACAACAUUGUACGGAUACUCUGGAGUUCGAAAAUUGCAUCUGUCUAAUAACAAACUCUGCAAUUUAACAGUUGAUCAAAUACCAAAAAAUUUAACUUAUUUGGAUCUAAGCGAAAACAUUUUUGAAACAUUGAGUAAAUCAGUUGUGAAAUUGAUAUUAAAUGAAUUAAGUGGUUUACGAAUUAAACUGUCAGGAAAUCCAUGGAUCUGCACUUGCGAAAACUAUUAUUUAGUUGAAUUUGUAUCAAACUAUAAACACAUCGAGGAUCGAGAAAAUAUACACUGCAGAGAUCCAAAACUUGGACCAAUGGCAAAAGUUACUGCGCAAGUUCUUUGUGGAUCACGUUUUGAUUGGCGUAAUCCAAUAUUUAUUAGUAUAAUUGGAUUAAAUGCUUCAAUCUUUGUCAUAGCAAUCAUACUUUUCCAAUACAAAAAUUACAUUUUGAUGUGGCUGUAUGAAAAAGGACUUCCAGUACUUCCGGAACCCGAAGACAACUUGAAGUACGAUGCAUUUAUUGCUUUUAGUCACUUGGACUUAGAUCUCGUUAUAGAUUACGUUGACAAACUGGAAAAUGGAGUUCACAAGUACAAACUUUGCUACUAUCAUCGUAACUGGCGAAUUGGAGAAUUAAUUACCACCAGCAUUUUGAAAUCGAUUGCUGAGUCCAGAAGAAUCAUAAUAUUAUUGACUAAAGAUUUUAUCGAGUCGCCUUGGGGUCGAUUUGAGUUCCAUACGGCCAUUCAAGCUGUUUCGGCCAAUAAACUUAAACGACUGAUUGUAAUUAAAUAUCCUGAUGCAGACAUUAGUAAGCUGGACCCACAACUGCAGUUGUUUAUGAAGCUUAACAUAUAUCUCCCCCAAGAUGAUCCUCGUUUUUGGAGAAAACUGAUGUUUGCAAUGCCCCAUAAAUAUAAUCGGGCAGCACGUUCUGAUGCUGAAGCACCAUUGCAGAGAGUCAAAGAAGUUUAAGAACUAUUCAUGGACGAGUGAAUUUUUAUCAUGGCAAUUUUUUUAAAUUUCUUAACAUAAAAUUAAUAAAAUUCUUGAGCAUAUCUA